AUGGAGACCAAUUCUUUGUCAUAAUAUGAAUAAAAUAAAGAAAACAUCGAAUUUAUCCUUAUUUAGUUGGCAAUAGGUAAGAAAUUUAUAUAUAAUUUAGCCUUAAAUGAACUAAGCUAGAAAAUUACAAGAAAUUUGUAAUCCAUUUAAAAUUCUAUUUAAUAGAAGAGUUUGGUUUUCUAAUAAAUAAUUGGAUGGAAUUAUGUUAGAGAAUAAAAUUAGUUGAAUUUGGUGUAAAAUUUGAUUUUAUAUUUAUAAGGGCAUCAGAAAUAACAUCAAUUCUUAUUUGA